AUGGCUUCUCGUCUGGCAAGGAGCGCGGUCGGCGCCGCCCGUCUCCGCCCAUCGCUCCCUCUCCGCACCCUCCCCAGCAUCACGGCCCAGAUCACCCCGGCCCGCUAUCAGUCCAACCUGCCCGAGGACCCCAAGAAGAAGGCCCAGUCACUGCUCGAUGCGAUCCCCGUGCCCGGCAACAGCCCCAUCACCAAGGCCGCCGUCCUCUCCGCCGCCGCCGGUGUGAGCACCUUCGCCAUCAGCAACGAGCUCUACGUCGUCAACGAGGAGUCCAUCGUCGCCCUAUCGCUUCUGACCAUCUUCUGGGCUGUCGCCAAGUACGCCGGCCCGGCCUGGUCCGACUAUGCGCAGUCGCAGAUUGACAAGAUCUCCGGCAUCUUGAACUCGGCCCGCGCCGACCACACCACGGCCGUCAAGCAGCGCAUUGAGAGCGUACAGGACCUCGGCGGUGUCAUUGACAUCACCAAGAACCUCUUCGCUGUUUCCAAGGAAACCGCCCAGCUUGAGGCUCAGGCCUACGAGCUCGAGCAGAAGACGGCCAUCGCCCACGAGGCCAAGACCGUCCUUGACUCCUGGGUCCGCUACGAGGGCCAGGUCAAGGCGAGGCAGCAGCGCGAGCUUGCCGAGAGCAUCAUCGCCAAGAUCGAGAAGGAGCUUGAGAACCCCAAGACCCUCAAGCAGAUCCUCGACCAGAGCGUCGUCGAUGUUGAGAGUGCGUCAUGCCAUGCUGCUUAG